AUGCUACGAGAUUACGGCAAUGCCAGUGUCAGUUCCAGCGUUGCAGGCGGUGCAGCGAAGAGAAGCGGUCGCAAUUGCGAUCUGGAGCGGCUGGGACGGCCGCAGGCCAAGAGACUGAAAACAGAGGCGGCAGCGGGGCGCUGCCGGACGCUUGCUGCCGAGCAGAGCUCUGUGAGCAAUGCUGCCGGCGUCGAGUUGCUCACCCCUGCAGCUACGCCGGCGUACGCCGGCGUAGCGGAGACCAUCUCGUCUCCGUACUCUGAGACAGAGGAAUACAUGCUUCGUGGCUACUACGAGGACGACCUUGUAGACAGCAGGGCGAGCAUCGAGUCUGUCCAAUACAAUCUGUACGACAUGACGCCCGAGGAGCUGGAAGGCGCCAGCGAGGGCAACACACAUGAUAACGACCACCAGAUAGGCUAUACAGCGUGGAGCGGAGCACCCGCUGCGGCCACUAACGCGACGGUUUACGAGGAUUCAUACGAUAUAGAUAUGUGA